AUGGUAUCCCUACUAGGAAGACGUGCCUGGUUGGUGGUCUGCCUCAUUUGUUACUUGGCCGCCACCAUCAUGACUAUCGUUGCCAUUUCAGGUUCUACCAAUAAUACUUCUUCAAGCAGAAAUAUUUACAUUGGUUCAGCUGAUAUUUCUCACAUUAACGUCUCAAAAGUCGUUCCACAAGUUGCUCCUCUAUUGACUGUAUUGGGUACCGCUGUCACUGCUCCAAAUGCUACAUUAGAUUCAGUCUUCGGCGCUUUGAAAAAUAUUGCAGACACUGAAGCUUUGACUCCAUUGUUGAUGUUACUAUCUACCGCUAGUAAUGUUUCUGCCACUUUACAAUCCUUAACUGCUUUGGCUCCAUUAGCUGUUCAAGGGAACUCUACAUUGGUCAGCACCCAAAUUGCAAAUGUACAAGGUCUUCUAAACUUGUCUACCAGUGCUAAUGAAACUUUAAUGGGUCUAGAGGAACUAAUUCAAACAACUUUAUCUUCAAACUCUACCGAAAGCGCCAUGGCUCAACAAACUGCCUUGACUUUAUUAGCACAAUCAAACAACGUUACUGGAUCAACAGAAGCAUUAUUAGGUUUGAACAGUUUGAACAGUACCGAGAAACAAUUAUUAUCCCCUGUCUUUGAAAUUGUUAACAACUCUACAAACCAGACUGUCACUUUUGGUGCUUUUGCGGUUUUAAUGAACACUACUAUCCCACAAGGAUUUCAAAGCGCGUUGGAGAGCGUCACUGACAUGUCUUCUCUAAACGCGACACUUGCUCUUCUAUCAAGUGGUGCUCCAUCAGACUUGAAGCCAGCUGUGGCAGCUUUGGGAGCCUUGGUAGGAGUAUCAAGAACCCCAUUGGACACAUUAACUGUUUUAGCUGGUUUGUAUUCUCGUGGUUUAACAACAGCAAGCUGGGCUAAGGCUUCUUUUGCUUCUUUAACUGAGUUAUUAACAUAUGCUAAGAAUACUACCGAAGUUUUAGUAGCCGUUGAAUCUCUAUCCGCUAUUACUGACAGUACCUCCACAACUAAUGAGCUGCAAGCAUUGGAAAUGAUCUUAUCUAGCUCUUCUGAUCCUUCCAAAACAUUGAGUUACUUAAUUCAACUAGCCUCAGUAUUGACAAGUGAUACCUCACUAACCCAGUACAUUCCAUACUUAUUCACCUUGAUCGCUGCGUCAUCUGAUCCAAUUGUUACAAUUGACUCCUUGAUUAUUGUUGUUGAAUGGGCGAGUCAAAAUGCUGCGACUUUUGCACCAUUAAUCGCUAUCUUAGCGGAAGCUGCAUCUGUUGAACCUAUCUCGAGUGAAGAAUUCAUGAAUAUUACACCAGCAUUGUUGGAAUAUUUGGGUAUCCCAUUUUCCUUCAGAUUGAGUUUCUUCUCUCUAUGUAAGGAAUUUGGUAAUCAUACUCAACAGUGUACUCACAUGCAUCCAGUUCAAAACUUUGAUUUCAGAAAUAUUAUCUACGAUGCCUUAUUAGAGUCUGAAUUCGAUCCUUAUUUGAAGGCAUUGAACAUUACUGCUGAUGAUUUAUACUUGGAGGGUAGAUUAUUGAGAAGAGAGCAUGAAUAUGUUCCUUCUAUCAAGGCAACUUUGGCUAUGUCCAUCUUAUUCUUCUUAACUUCAUUUGUUGCAAUGUUCAUAAUGGGCUGGUUAAUGUUUAAACCUUACCACUCUAACCUAACAUGGUUAUGUAUCAAUAUCUACUGUUGUUUUGUUUCCAUCUUUGCUGGUUUAUCUGCUACUAUUCCAAGUGCUAUCGUAGGUAUCAUUAAGAGGGGUUCUGCUUAUGAUAGGUACAAUGUUAUUUUCAAACAUGGUAGUGCUUACUACGGUCUAAUCUGGACUUCAUUCUGUAUCGUAUUUCUUUCUGGUGUCUCUAUUAUUGCAUUAUGGUGGUUAAGCAGAGGUGGCGACACAUACUCCGAAAGUGGUGUUGGUUACUACGACGACGAAAAGAUGCCACCAAAUGUUAAUGUCAACAGUAAUGACGAAAGCUCUUCUACCGCUAGUGAUGGUAAUAAUGAAAAGGUAAAUACCAACGCUCAACAAAAUGUUGUCACUGAACAUUAA